UAAAUUUACAUAUCCAUAAUACUUCGAUUUUAAACUCUUAAUUAAAUAUAUUAUUUUUAAAAUAAAAGAUAAUUUUUAUUACAAAAGAAGUUGGAAAAUAAAGGUGAAAACUGGUUUAGGUACGGUUAUGAUGAUACCUCUAUACUAGAUUCUUUCAACCAACAUGUCCGUAAUCGAGAUUAGAUCAUACCAACACUGGAUUUCAACAAUUCCAAAAUCUGGAUUUCUCGCUGUUGACUGCUAUGCAGACUGGUGUGGACCUUGCAAGGCCAUUUCACCGGUUUUUUCACAGUUGGCAAGCAAGUACUCUGGACCUCAGUUUGUAUUUGCGAAAGUCAAUGUAGAUGACCAAACACAAAUUGCUUCUAGCCUUGGGGUCAGUGCUAUGCCUACCUUCAUCUUCUUUGAGAAUGGCAAGCAAAUAGAUAUGCUUUCGGGAGCGAAUGCGCAGGCAUUAAAAGAAAAAGUAGCUAAUAUUGGAGGAAAAUUAAACGGAGGUGGCGCUAGUGCCUCCUCAUCUGUAAAUGGUUAUGCUAAUCUCAGAAAUUCUAUCGAAAGCCCUCAAUUAGAGUGUUUAAAUCAAAGCGACGAGUAUAACCUUCGUAAUGCUCUUGAUUUAGAUGCUCCUGGAUAUUUACAAUCCGAUGCUGAUGAGCAGCUUAUGAUUUACAUUCCUUUCUUGGAAGCUGUAAAGAUUCAUUCGUUGUCUAUUACUCCCGUCAAAGAUAAUUUAAGCAGUGCUCCAAAAACUCUCAAACUUUUUAUAAAUCAUCCAACUGUGCUUUCUUUCGAAGAUGCUGAAUCCUUCCCUGCUACUCAAGUCAUAGAAGAUAUUGAGUACAAAUCUGAUGACGAGCCUUUGAAUAUACCUCUAAGAUUUGUCAAAUUCCAGCGUGUGAAUUCGUUGAUUAUCUUUGUUUCCUCAAAUGUCGAAGACGAAGAAACUACCCAGAUCGGUCGUUUGGAAUUAUUCGGUGAAACAGUAGGCGAUUCUAGCAAGUAAGCUAUGCUAAAGUGAUGAAUAAAUGCUGAAUUACAAGAAUAUUCUAUUACCUUAAAUGCCAAUCAAUAAUGCUUGAAUGCUAUAUUUAUAUACUUUACACAAAACUGAAAGGGCUGAUAUAACCUGACAGCUUCAUUUAUUGUAGUGAAUUUCAAUAGAAGGAAAUACGGACUGUAAAAAAAAAAUCUACAAAAUUUCAUUAAAAGC